CUAAAGACAGCUGAAUCGAAACAAACCACGGAUACACGCAGGACCAGGAGCAGGGUGAAGACGGUAAAGGGAAGAGAGACAAUUAUUGUGAGCUUUAAACUUUGUACCCACAGUUUUAUGUAAUUUGGACUCAAAAGCCGACUGCUGAGUCAUUGAAGAUGGAAACAGGAAACUGUGUUGCCAGACUAAACGAAUACGUGCAGAAGACACGGUCUCAGCUGCACUAUGAGGACCUUGGCUCUGUCGGACCUGCACACAGUAAAGUAUUCACCCAGAGGGUAGUCCUAAAUGGGAAGGUCUAUCCCAAUGGUGUGGGGAUGACCAAGAAGGAAGCCAAGUAUAAUGCUGCUAAAAACGCCCUGAGCAGCAUGUUUGAGAGCGCACAUCAGGACUCAGUUGACACAACUGCAGAUGAGAACAGCCAUUCGUCAGGUCAACAAAAGGAGGAAUUAAAUCAAAAUGUUUCUGAUCUUUGUGAUGAGACAGGACGCCUCAGUUUGAACUCCAAGGACAACAUCCUUGCAGAAGCAAAUUUCAUUGCAUUAGUUAACCACUACUGUCAGAAAAAAAACCACGGCCAUACAUUCGUUGAAGAGAGGAUAUGUGGUCCACCUCAUAAGCGUCAGUUUUUCUACAAAUUAAUAAUUGACAGCAAUGAAUACCCUGUGGGCGAGGGUAUGUCUAUCAAGGCAGCCAAACAAGAUGCAGCUCGGCUGGCCUGGUCUGCUCUUCAGGACCAGACCGACUUCGACAGCAAGGUGUCCAUCAGAUCAACAGCCUCCGAAGGUGGUGCCACAUCUAUGUUGUCAGCACGAUCAGCUUCACUGGAGUCCUACGAGUCAUCAUCUCUAAACACCUCAAGGAGCGCAAGUCAUUCAAUACUAUUCACAGAUUCAUCAAACCCCUCCAAGGCUCAGAUGGGCUUACGGUCAACUGUGUCUGAAAAUGAUGCACCAGCCAGGUUGUCAAAACCAACUUCACUGGAGUCUCUUGCAUCAUCACAGAGCAUGUCAACGGGUACAAGUAGCUCAGGAAUACAGACGGACUCAUCGAACUCUUCUAAGGAUCAGCAUGCUGUCAAAGACAGGAAUAUGGGAAAUAGUCAGAAGGACGCAUCCACUCAGUCAAGGUUUACUGCAGACUUCGAUACCAUAAAACCUAUUGGCAGUGGAGGCUUUGGUUCUGUUUUCAAAGCAAGACACAAACUGCUGAACAAGUCUUAUGCUGUGAAGAUUGUCCGCUGUGAAGAGAAAGCGUUUCGAGAAGUGGGGACAUUGUCUGACCUUCUCCACCGUAAUAUCGUCAGAUACUACACAUUUUGGAAGGAGGAUUCAGAGUACCAAUUGGAUAUUUCAGGUGGUAGUUCAACUGGCAGUUACAGCUCUUCCCAAUCUACAGAAAAUUCAUCAGCAAAGUACCUCUAUAUUCAGAUGGAGUUAUGUGACACCAAAACACUGAGAGAGUGGAUUAAGGAGAAGAACGCUCCGUCUCUGCAAGACUCCAAGAGAAGAGAAGAAAGUCUAAGAAUUGCUCAGCAAAUAGUCAGUGGAGUCGAAUAUAUUCACUCCAAGAGGCACAUCCACAGAGACCUUAAGCCUGCAAACAUCCUGUUUGGACUCGAUGGAGAAGUGAAGAUUGGGGAUUUUGGUCUGGUCACCAAAGAUGAUGAUGACGAUGCUGUGGUGGACAGGACAGUAGACAAGGGAACCCCAUCUUACAUGGCUCCGGAACAAAGGGAGAAGGCCUAUGACCGAAAAGUGGACAUAUUUGCUCUGGGGCUGAUAUACCUGGAACUCCUUUGGAAAGUCUCUUCUGGCCACGAAAGAGGAGAGAUUUUGAGGAAUGCUAAACGUCAGAUGCUUCCCAAAGAGUUUUCACUGACUUUUCCCCAAGAGAACCAACUCAUCAAGUCAAUGCUGUGUGAGAAGCCAAAAGACCGACCUGAAGCAAGUAAACUGCAGGCAGAGCUGGAGAAGUGGGCGCAGAUGUUCAACUCACAAAAUGUGCGUCGGGAAAAUGUAACAUACUGAUUAUCACAAGGAUUUGUGACAAGUCUCUCCUGUGGUGUCUUUGAUUUAAUGAAAUAAAUUGAUAUACUAUUAAUUGUUACUGUAACUGUUAAUGUUGACAUCAAGGUUGAAAAUCCUAAACAAAAUGGUAGUGUGUCGUCACAUAACGUGCCACUUUUCACUCUGCUAUUUAGUUAAAUGAAUACAUUCAGAAUACUGAUUUGAAACAAAUGCAUUUUUUCCCCGUGAUACAUCCCUUUCAGAACGCCUUGAUUGACCAAUCAGGAGUCGAUUGUGUUAUUCCACACAGUAGGGAACGCUUGCAGUGUAAACACUUCAGAGAAGAACAGCAGUGGCGAUGUUCCCUCAGGCUCAGCAGCCCGACCAAGGGUCAGACAGAAAGAAAAAACGUUCGUCAACAGCUGGAGUACGAACAAACGAAGAGCAGGGGGUAAUGUUCUGCGGCGUCUGCGAGGGGCAACCCAACUUAUCGAGACAUAUACAGUAGCUGCAGCCAUGCUCUGUUUGGAGCCUGCACGACACGCCUGUACACACUGUACCAGUACAAAACAAAUAAACCAACGCAACGGUUAUUUGAACCCUGCUACAAGGCGACGUUGUAAUAAAUGAAUACAAGGCCAAACGUAGACAGAAUUUGCUUUAUAAUUCAUCAUAAAUUAAGAUUCGACCACCUCUCUUUGACACAUCUUAGCUCAAUGCUAACUUAGCUUUUUCUUCAGGGCCUCUGCUCCCUCACGAAGGGGUUAAGGGUGCUGAUAGUGAACUGAAGUGUAGGGUCAACGUCCAACACCAGUCACGUAGCUGGAGAGCUGAGUGGCACCACUCUGUCGGCAGUUGAGAGGCACCUCCGUCGACUGGCUGUGAACUAGGAGAGAAGUGUGCAUGGUGUGUUCUUAAGAAUAAUAAAACAGAGGAGUUACUUUCAUCAUCUCAGCCGAUGGUUAGAAAUGACUACAAAGUAAUUAUUAGUAAAGAGUGUAUUUUUGUCCCAUUUUAUUUCAAAAAGGACAAAAUCAUAACCUCCUUGGUGGAAGUAGAUACAUGAAAUGUAUGAAAAACAAAAAAGGAGAACGUCAUUUUUUACCACAGAUGUAUUAAGAGACCAGGAUACAGUGUUGGAGCCUGUGUCCCAUUUAUUUCUUUGAGAGUUAAUCUGUGGAAAUGGUUCAACUGACGCUAGUAAAACUACCCAGAUGAUCCAAUGAUUAUCGACACUGCUUCCGCACUGUGCGGCCCACAGAGCAGGCGCACUAGAGCGCUCCGUGGCUGAGUCGGCUACUUACAAUUUCGCACUCUGUUAACUUGAAUAGGGAUAAUUUAUUGAAUUGCGUGCCUUUUCCAGACUUUGCAAAUGUUAUCCAACUGAAUGGAUUAAAUCAUGAGAGUGAAACGAGUCAUUUUGGGUUGUGACGCUCAGAAUAAUUUAUCCACUGAUUUACAGUCACCUCUUUCGUCAUGUAGGUCAAUGGAAAAAAGUCAUUUUGGGCCACGUGGCAUCACUUGACUGGCUGCUAUGAAAAUUGCCUUCAAAGCCAGGCACUCUUCCUGGGAGCCUGAUUUUUAACUGGACAAGUGACUUUUGUGGCGAGACAAGUGCAAAGUACAUUUACUUGUCAAAAGUACGAGUACAUUUGCAAAGAACAAGUCCAAAGAAAAUGUACCUUAGACAAUUAAUGUUGAGUCCUGAUUGCAAUGUUAUUCAUAUUUGUAGGAAAAUGGUUAACGUCCUGCACUUAUAUAGCGCUUUAACUUGAACUCUAACCAUGGUAACUGGUGGCAGUUUGUGGUUCUGGGUUUUGUACAAAGACACUGCCGCAUGCACACAGAGGGUGAAACCAUUAAUCAUGGAAUUAGGCUAAUGAACAACCUGAAAUGAGUUAAUAUGGGUUUUAUAAUCAAGAUAUGAAACAUGAAAUCAAAAAGUAAGGUUUACAUUAAUUCACAUCUUUCUAGCAUUUCUUCUAAAUAAUCAUGAGCUUGUAAUUUCUGUGUCCACAGUUGACAUUUUACUCUAUGCUGGGAAUGGUUAAACAUAUUUAAAGUGGGGUCACAUCACAGCCUUUGAUUUGUACUGAAUAUCUGAAGUUUAAAAACAGGAUUUCCCAAAAUGGGGCCAUGUAUUUUGUGUGGUUUAGUUUGUAUUUUGGUUUUUUUGUUUGUUUGUUUUUUGCAUACAUUCAUCAAUAAAGGAAUGGGAAAUAAUUAAAA